AUGUUAGAUGAUGGCAUGCAACACCAGAUGAACGCAAUCAAUAUAAAUUAGGAUUAUGAUUACUCGGGUGAAGAAGAGGUCGAGUAUGAGGUGCAGAAAUCUCAGCCUAUGACACUUGAGCAAUAAAAGGAGGAGCUAAAGAGGAAAUUGCAGAUGAUCUCUUCUAAGGGCAAGAAUUAAAAUGCAGGAAAUCGUUAGAAAGACUCCUUCCCUGACCCACUUGGCUCAGAUUAAGUAGAUGGAGACGAUGAAGCUGGCAGAGAGAGAAGAAAAGCUCUAGGCAAAUUUCAUCUCAACGAUUUUAAAUUCUUAUCUACUUUGGGAACUGGUACAUUCGGAAGAGUACGAUUAGUCAAACAUAAAAGUGACCCACCUGAAAGUGAACCAGUUGCUUUGAAGUGUCUUAAGAAAAGCGAAAUAAUAAGACUCAAGUAGAUUGAACAUGUCAAAUCUGAAAAGAAAAUAUUGGAGACCAUCAAUCAUCCUUUUAUUGUUAACCUGAAAGGCACAUUCUAAACACCUUCUCACGUAUUCAUGCUACUUGAUUAUGCUUGCGGAGGAGAGCUAUUUACCUUAUUAAGAAGAGAGGGAAGAUUUGCUAAUGAUGUUGCUCUAUUCUUUGCAGUAGAAAUCGUACUUGCUUUUGAGUAUUUACACUCAAUGGAUAUUGCUUACAGGGAUUUGAAGCCAGAAAAUCUACUAAUUGACAAAGAAGGGCAUGUUAAAAUAACUGACUUUGGCUUUGCGAAAAUUGUCAAUGACAGAACUUAUACCCUUUGUGGUACACCUGAAUAUCUAGCACCAGAAAUUAUUCAAUCUAAGGGUCAUAAUAAAUUCGUUGAUUGGUGGGCUCUUGGAGUCCUAAUAUUUGAAAUGCUUGCAGGAUAUCCACCUUUCUACGAUGAUAACCCACUCGGUAUUUAUUAGAAAAUCAUGGACGGAUAUUAUGAAUUCCCUCCUCAUAUUGAGCCUAAAGCUCGAGAUCUCAUCAAAAGCUUCCUCUGUGCAGAUAGAAGCAUUAGAUUAGGCUGCUCAAAGAAUGGCCCUGAUGAUGUCAAAGCUCAUAAAUGGUUUAGAGGUGUUGACUGGGUUUCUGUAUUUGCCAGAAAGAUUCCACCUCCCUGGGUCCCUAAGAUUAGAAAUCCUACAGACACUUAGUACUUUGAUAGAUAUGCCGAAUCAGCUGAAACUCCAAGCAUGCCCUCAAAAGAGCAAUAGAGAUAUUUUGUUGAUUUUUGA